AUGUCUAGCCGUGCAUCUGCACCGACGAUCCCGUCGUUGAAGCAAUCCUUCCUCGUCAACCAGACAACGCUGCUGGCGCAGCCUCUCGCGCCGUCUCGCACAUGGCAGGCUGCCAACGACGCGUCGAGUGAAGCAAUACCCGAGCGUGUCCUUCAAGAAGCCUUGCUCAAUCUCAACCAUACCAUUCAGCAGCACUGUCGUCGCGUCUAUGCUCCGCAGGCUACUCGCAACAUUGCUGAGCAGAUUGAUGAUAUUUACACCAAAGAUGCUGCGCGUAGGGUCCGAGGAGUGGCUGAUAUCGAGGGCGGUAUUGGCAGAGAACUUGAUCUAACUGGCGAUAAAGCCAUCGAGUCUCUUCCGCCAACUUGGCCCUCAGACAAGGAUGUCAACGACUACCCCACGGAAGCCAAGCGCUACACUGAUGCCGUAACUCGGCUAUCCGAGCUCAACGAGCAGCGCAAGCAAUUGAAAGAGCAAGUAGCGCGACUCAACCGCCUCAAAUCCGUCGUGGAGCCCUUGCAGACGAGCGACAACGGAGCCGGUAUCCAGGAGAACCUGCUCACGCGGAACGGCCCCGUCGAAAAGGAGCUUGAGAGGAUGCGCUUCUUGCUGGCCAGAGUUGGUGGUCGUGUUCAUGCUUUGCCUGAUGAAGCUUCGAAUGGCUCUGCCAAGGAGAUCAACUUGAGCGAAGUUGGUGCUCAGGGUCGGAAGAGGCGUGUUGAUCAGUUUCUUGCUGAUGACAAGGUGUUUCCUUCAUAA